AUGGGCGGCUUCGACUUCUCCAACCACAACCGCAAUGCGGCUCUCCACGCCCAGGGCAUCCCGCUGCCCAAGGCGACAAGCACAGGAACAACCAUUGUGGGCUGUCUCUUCAACGGCGGUGUAGUCAUCGCAGCAGACACACGAGCCACAAGUGGUCCCAUUGUAGCAGACAAGAACUGCGAGAAACUCCACUACAUCUCCCCUCACAUUUGGUGCGCGGGUGCCGGUACCGCUGCCGACACCGAGUUCACCACCGCCAUCAUCUCCUCGAACCUCGAACUGCACGCCCUCUCCACCGGCCGCAAGCCCCGCGUCGUUACCUGCAUGACCAUGUUGAAGCAGCACCUGUUCCGCCACCAGGGUCACAUUGGCGCCUACCUCGUCAUUGCGGGUGUUGACCCCACCGGCGCACAUCUCUUCACCGUCCACGCCCACGGUUCCACCGACAAGCUGCCGUACGUCACCAUGGGCUCCGGUUCAUUGGCCGCCAUGUCCGUUUUCGAGACACAGUGGAAGUCCGACCUGUCGCGGGAGGAUGCCGUCACACUAUGCGCAAACGCCAUCGAGGCAGGUAUUUGGAACGAUCUGGGUUCCGGUAGCAACGUGGACGUGGCGGUCAUCACAGAGGACAAGACCACUCUGAUGAGGAACUACAAGACACCAAACACCAGGCAGCCCAAGCAGAGGAACUACAGGUUCCAGCGGGGAACUACUGCGGUGCUGAACGAGAAGAUCAUCACAAAGGAAGAGAUCAGCAAGUACGUGACCGUACACGAGCUCAAGGAUGGCGAUGUAGCCGGUACAGCAGAGACGAUGGAUAUAGACUCAUAG